UGGCGCUCCCCAUGAGUUUUGUCGCGGGUGCCGCUUUCUGUUUCGCAGUUACGAUCACUCGCUUCCAAUAAUGUUGCAAAGCUUGCUUUCCCAACGAGGCAAUUCUGGGCUGGUGCUGAUAAACGACACUCUGGACCAGCGAGCCCGUUUGCUCUUGGAUUCUUUCACAAAUACAUAUGCCAACAGAGGUCACAAUGUGCACAUCUUGGGCUAUGACAGAGAAGAAGGCACAAUCAGAAAGUGCUUUCCACCUACCACAGUUGACAGGAUAGCCAUUCACGAUGCCUUUUCCGCACCGGACAAAUGCACUCCUUCAACGUGGGUCGAAAAGUUCAGCAAGGAGAACGAGCCAUUUACAUUAAUCAUUGACUCACUUUCAACGGCCCUCAUUUAUCACCCACUCGACGACGUCUACAUGGGCCUCCUGUGCCUGCUGCGAAAGAUAGCAUCUUUGCAGAUGAUUGUGGCUCUGUUGCACACUGACGUGCACGAGGAACACGAGGUCGGCAAGUUGUGUCACCUCGCCACCACCACCUUGACGCCGUAUGCGCACGACAGUGCAAGCACACUUGGAUGCAAGAUUCUUCACAAAAAGCCCAGUGGACGUGUUGUGAGGGAUGAUGAAGAGUUUGUUCUCAAGCCAGACCUGUCCAUCACUGACAUCAAGAAGGUAGCUCAAAAACAGGAUGUGAAACCCUUGGCACAGCAGCCUGAUCCCACGGCCAACCUUACCUUCAACCUUCGGCUCAGCGAAGAGGAGAAAGCAGCCAAGGAUAACCUGGUGCUGCCAUACCUCAAGUGAGCAUUGCAACGUCUUGUGAUCUUCU